ACAUAUAUCCCUCCGCACCACACCACCCAGCGAUCUCUCAUCUCGAUCUAGCGUCUUCUUCCUCCUGCUCAGCUCUCACGACUCACCACACACUACUACACAAGUCAUCGAACACGAUACUUCGUGAUCGUACCUCGUGAUCAAUUUGAUCAAACGCUUUGAGAUGGGUAGCCUCGACGCAAACCCUGCCGCCUUCCCUGCGUUCAACGCCGGCGUCGUGGACGGCAGCUUCCAGCCGCUCAACCCCGACGACGUGCGCGCGUACCUCCACAAGGCCGUCGACUUCAUCACCGAAUACUACAGCAACGUCGAGUCCAUGCCGGUCCUCCCCGACGUGAAGCCCGGCUACCUGCAGGACGAGCUCACGGCGUCCCCGCCGGCGCACUCGGCGCCGUUCGACGUCACCAUGAAGGAGCUCAGGGCCUCCGUCGUCCCCGGGAUGACGCACUGGGCCAGCCCCAACUUCUUCGCCUUCUUCCCGUCCACCAACAGCGCCGCGGCCAUCGCGGGCGAGCUCAUCGCCUCGGCUAUGAACACCGUCGGGUUCACGUGGCAGGCGGCUCCGGCCGCCACCGAGAUGGAGGUGCUCGCGCUCGACUGGCUCGCGCAGCUCCUGCGCCUGCCCACAAGCUUCAUGAACCGCACCGGCGCUGGCCGCGGCACUGGCGGGGGCGUCAUCCUCGGGACCACAAGCGAGGCCAUGCUCGUCACGCUCGUCGCCGCGCGGGACGCGGCGCUGCGCCGGAGUGGCUCCGAUGGCGUGUCUGGUAUCACGAGGCUUACGGUGUACGCUGCCGACCAGACGCACUCCACGUUCUUCAAGGCGUGUCGCCUCGCCGGCUUCGACCCUGCAAACAUCCGAUCGAUCCCCACCGGGGCCGAUACGGACUACGGGCUAGACCCGGCGAAGCUGCUCGAGAUCAUGCAGGCUGACGCCGACGCUGGCCUCGUGCCAACGUACAUCUGCGCCACGGUAGGCACCACGUCGUCCAACGCCGUCGACCCGGUGGGCGCAGUGGCGGACGUCGCCGCCAUGUUCAAUGCCUGGGUCCACGUCGAUGCCGCAUAUGCGGGCAGCGCGUGCAUCUGCCCGGAGUUCCGGCACCACAUCGACGGCGUGGAGCGCGUGGACUCCAUCAGCAUGAGCCCACACAAGUGGCUCCUCACCUGCCUCGACUGCACCUGUCUCUGGGUCCGCGAUGCUCACCGCCUGAGCGACUCCCUGGAGACAAACCCGGAGUAUCUGAAGAACGAUGUUACAGACUCCGGCGAGGUCACCGAUCUCAAGGACAUGCAGGUCGGCGUCGGCCGCCGCUUCCGUGGGCUAAAGCUCUGGAUGGUCAUGCGCACAUACGGGACUGCUAAGCUACAAGAGCACAUCCGCAGCGACGUCGCCAUGGCAAAGACUUUUGAGGGCCUCGUCCGUGCCGACGAUCGGUUCGAGGUCGUCGUGCCGAGGAACUUCGCGCUGGUUUGCUUCAGGAUGAGGGCGAGUGGAGCCAUGACGGAGGAAGUCGCCGAUGAGAUGAACCGUGUGCUGAUGGACCGGCUCAACAAGUCCGGGAAAGUCUACCUCGCACACACGGUGGUCGGCAACAGAUUCGUUCUGCGGUUCGCGGUGGGAUCGUCGUUGCAGGAGGAGCGGCAUGUGAGAAGCGCGUGGGAGCUCAUCAAGAAGACGACCGCCGAGAUCAUGGAGGAGCCGAUCAUGCAAUGAUCCAGUUGAUCAAUUCAUGUGUUCGAUUUUUUAUUAUUUUGAAAUUUUUAUUUAUUAUAUUGUGGAGUGGCUAAUAAUACUGUAAAAGGGUUUCAACCGCGGCGAGCAUGGUCCAUGCAGUUGUCGGCAAUAUAAUGUAUCGAUGUCUCACAAGAUAUUAAGGUGUAAAUGGGAUCUGGUCCGUGGUGUAGUGAAUUCUGACGGAAACCCAGCCCUAGCCACCUCCAGUUCAUCCUUCUACAUAGAUCGGUUCCCCCUUCUUCGGUUGGUUUCGCCGGCGUCAGGAGGAGUGGGGAACCCGAUAUAUGCGUGAAGUUUUCAAUAAAAGUAUUGUUUUCAUUAGAUUA